CUUUGCUGUAAUAUUUAUCGUCAAUGUCCCCACCGGAGCUUUCCUCACAAGAUGUGAAAUCGAUAGGCUUCGCUUUAUAGCCCUAAGAUAUCUUCCCACGCAAACCUGCCGUAUUGUCUUUUAUAUCAGCUAGAGGAGAGUCAACGGAAACACAUCGACGCACGCAGGACACAUGGUACAUAUUUCGCGUCCUGUCUGGAGGGACGCACAACGGAAAGUCCGUUCGCUCCGUCACUGACAGCAUUUUUACCUCGUUCUCUCAGAACGAAACAUAUUGACUUUUAUGGAACGGGAAUUUACAGCUUCGCACAGCAAUAAUCUGACUAAGGCGACUUGAUGAAUUCAUACAGUAAAAUCAAGGAGACAGAGAAAUAUUGUUGUGUGUUUAAAGCUUCUGACAAGAAAGUUCGCGCGGUCCCGAACAGCUGAACAGCUCUGCUGAAAGAUGCGCGCCGACUCAUACUACUAUGAGGUGCGGUGUACAGUACGAGUGUUUUAAAGCUUUACUGUGUUGCUGUCAGGAAUUUUACCUGCCUUUUUAAAUCAGAUAUUGUCAAGGCGGAUAUCUGUUGCUCGAGAACUGCUUGAGUCACUAACGUUUAGCAGGCUGUUCAUUGUUUCAGUGCUCGUGUUCAUCCUUAGAAAUCAGAGGUAUUGUUGUUUACCGAGUUUACCGGCGCCUCACGGGCUUCUGCAAUGCGAGACUCGGAUUCAAAUCGUUUGACAUUUCUUUGGAAAGCCAGUCGACUGUCAAAUUGUCACUGAGACAAAUCGAAUGAGCCGGACACCUGGAUUGCUGAGUCGCAAGCUCACGGCCUAUUGAACACAUUAGCACCUGUCACAUCAGUCCAGCCAAGGUCAUCGCUCCUUCCCUUCAUUCUCCAUCCGGCUGUUAAACACCAAGUCCCGGCGCUCUGCUCUUCUACAAUGGAGAGCCUAAGUGAGCUUCAGAACCCUCUUCUGGAUAAGAACAGCAAGCAUAUGGUGAUGGCCGACUACGGCUAUGGGGGCGACUUCCACAGCAACCAGUAUCAGGAGAACAUUAUAAACUACUUUGUUACCGGUGGAGGUGGAGGUGGUGGUGGUGGCGGCGGAGGUGGGGUUGCCGUCACGGGAGGAAACGGCAAGGCUAAAGCCCAGUUACUGGACGCCACCUCACUUCACUUGGCGGUGGAGGCCUUUUACAAGCCUAACUUCAUCCUUUACAAGGACGACGUGAGCGGCAAGGGCAAGGAUUACAAAAGCGAGUGCUGCGAGACCACCUUCAUGGAGAAGAAAGACAAGGACGUAGCGGUGGAGACCCCCAGUACGGAGGACCCACAGGCUAAACUGCUGGACGAAAACGAGGUGAAAAUCCAGACGGUGUCUUACGAGGUGGAGGAAGAGGAAUACGUUGAAUAUGAGACAGAUUGUUCCAGCGACAGUGAGAGCGAGGACAACUUCAUCGUCAUCCCUCCUCGUGAUCACCUGGGCCUCGCUAUCUUCUCCAUGCUCUGUUGCUUCUGGCCUCUGGGCAUUGCUGCUUUCUACUUUUCUCAGGGGACCAGCAAAGCCGUGACCAAGGGAGACUUCCCAUUGGCUAGCAUCGCAUCUAGACGAGCCUUGUUCCUAGCCGCUCUCUCCAUCACCAUUGGGACGGGGGUCUACGUGGGCGUGGUGGUGGCCCUCAUCGCGUAUCUGUCCAAACCAGGCCACAUUUAGCACAGCCGGGAGAGGACUACAGAACUCCACCAAACUACACAACCGCCUCUGAACGUCUUUUUCUAAAUGUCUCAUUUUGCAUCCCUCCCCGUGGACUGCCUGUCCGCCCAAAUCAGAGAAAGGGAUGAACCAGAAGAGGAUGAACCAGGAGAACUGGGGACUUUCUCACCUCAGUCAUAAUAUAUAAAUGUAAGCUUCACCCUGUGUCACACUACACUGGAUAAAACUUAACUAAGUCUGAGAGCAGUUCAGGUGAAGAAUAUAAACUACCGACAAAUAAGCAAUCCAAUCAACCAAACCCAAAGGGAAGAUAUUCCAAAGGACACAUGUGAGGAUCAAAAGGGACUAAGUGCCCUUGGAUUUGUUUUUCCCUUUCCAACUGUGCUUCGUUCUGAACCUGAAAGAGAAGUCAAGCCGUUCUCCGUUUCUCUCUCUCAUUACUUACUUACGCCGUUAAACCCUGUAUAUGCGUGUGGCCCAAUUAAACCAGCACUGUUGAAUAUACCAACUGCAGUCUGUGAGCGCCAUUAUAAAGGACAGAAUGUUGUCCAAAAUCACACAGCUUUGUAUGUUAUAAUAAAUGAAUGUGGAGUUCAUACACAAACAUAAAUGCUUAUGAUCAGAUCUAACGGACAAGAAAUAACUAUCAAAGACAAUGCAGUCCACCACUACAAAAUUCAGCUCCACUGGCAUUCCCACUUGUUUAGGGCUCUAUGCUUUGUGUUGUAAAUUCUUUGUCUUUUGUUUUGUCCGAAGUGCAAAUCUUCAUUUUGACCCAUCAUAGGCUGCAGGAGUUAUGUGAUGGUAUAAAAUAAAAGAUAACAAGUAAACACGGAUGAAAAUCAGGAAAACAAGUGUUUAUUUUAUAUCUCUAAGGAUUUGCUUGACUUUAAACAGAUUCUCUUUUACUCCCAGAUGUCUGAACUGAAUAUAAAUGAAACGACUGUACAUGUGGAUGGUAUAGCGAUGUGUCCUUUCAACCCCCAAAUGCAUCACUUAAUGUCUCUUAUGAUUUGAAAAAUCUUGGCAAAGCUCAAAACAGAUGGUCCAAAAAUGUUCAAUAUGCUUUCCACAAAUCCUAAGAUGGAUAUUUGAACAAAAAGGCAGGUUUUGUUUUCAGGUGAAAGGGACUCAGAUUGAAUCGAUUAAUAAUGUAUUGGAUGUCUCCAAGCUCGCAGGCAUGAGAACGAACACACACAGGAUGUUGAGUUAAAGGUCGACUAGUCUAUUUCAACAACAAUGGAGACUGAUUCUGGUGUAGUCAUCCGCAUAAGAACUGCAAAACAUGAAAACUACGGGUUCUCCGGAGGCUAGGUAGUGAAUCUGGGCUUGACUGGAAUUCCUAUGGUACAGAAGUUGGAAGCUGGUAGAAAAUAAAUGUACCACAUUUUAAAGUAAGUUAGCCAACUGUACACAACCUCCAGGGUUGUCAGGUUUUCAUAACAAAACCCACCCAAUUGCGCUUUGAGUGGGGUCUGGUAAAAUUCACAUUCCAGGAGCUAAAUAUCACGUUUUUGAGGUCGCUUCAACCCGCGGAUAUGAAAAACAAUCUGUGGCAACAGUUGUAAAGUAGCCCAAUUCCGAGGGAAAACUGCUAAAUGUGGCUAAAUGUGGCUAAAGUAAACAGGCUCGUCACUCCACAGAGAGAAGAGAGGGGCGGGGCGAGCAGAGAUCAUUAACAUUUAAAGCAACCUCGACCAGAACAGGAUGAUUUUUGCAGAGCUGAAUUUGGCAAGGUGAAAAGGGUGUUGUUUUACACUACCACUGAGAAUUUUUUAUCCAACGUAUAUUAUAGACUUUUCAUUAAGACCCUAAAGAAUCAUAUCAACUUGUGGAAAAUGGGCAUCAGAUGACCCCUUCAACAAUACAGAUUAUGUCAAAGCAACUUAACAGUAUCAGGAAAAAUUGGAAAAUUGCGUGUCAACACUGGUAACCUCCUAAUUGCUUCUCAUGGUGAUUUGAAAUAUCCUAGUAUUAAAUACCCUGAUUCUACACAAGUUUACAUAUUACAGUGUGAGGUUGGAUUCACAGAACAUUCCAAAGUAUAACAUUUUUUAAUUUUUUUCUUUAUUCCAACUUUAGAAGAAAAUCAUUGUAAGUAACCUCUUAAAGUUAGGCUAAACUCCAUCCUCAAAGUCUGUCAGAUACUCUUGAGAAAAUUCUUACAGAGCAUCUUCUUAAGAACCUUCUUUGCUUUUUUCUUAAGUAGAUUUUCCUGCCCCAGGAGUAGGCACAAAAGCAUAAUGGCUGAUAUCACGUUCGUUGUUAAAAGUGCAAACUAGUAAAGGUCAUGCUUUACAGUCUUCAUGUAAAAGUUUAAGUACAACAGGGACGUACUGAGCAACAGUAAGUAGGUUGGACUUGCACUUCUUUUAUGAGAGUUAAGUAUCUUUUGCCUGGAGUUAAGUAUCAUUAUUGCUAUUAUUAUACUACUGGAUUACAUGAAUGUGUAAAAAGUGUAACCUGUAAAAUAAAUUGUGACCCUGGACCAUAAAACCAGUCUUAAGUAUCACAAGUAUAUUUGUAGCAGUAGCCAACAAUACAUUGUAUGGGUCAAAAUUAUUGAUUUUUCUUUUAUGCCAAAAAUCAUUAGUUAAGUAAAGAUCAUGUUCCAUGAAGAUAUUUUGUAAAUUUCCUACUGUACAGGUUUUGGUUUUGUGGUCCAGAGUCACAAAUGUAAGCAUUUUUUUUCAACAAAUCAGGGGAAAAAAAUGUAAAGGAGGACAGGUUUCUUUUGGUGUGGUGCUUUUGUCAAGGUUAACAGAUUUACUCAUGGCCAGUGCUGUAAUCUGAAAGACGGUGAGAAUGAAUUCACUGAAUCACCAAGCUUUUAUUAGACAAGAAUGAGCAGAAAUGAAAAACGAGGCUACGGUUGAGGAUUUUACAGCUAAUUCACUGUUCAUAUCUGUGCCGUAAGAACUAAUUACCCUUAAUGCCUAAUAUACGGCACCAAAAUGAAGCUCUGAAUACUCCACUAUGAAGCACCUGAGAAUAAAAUAAGUUCUCACACCGGUCAUAUCAGAACUUUUUAAAGUUUUUGCAUACACACCACGAUGACAUUGGUGGUGGGGAGCCACUAAAGGGACAUGAUUUGCAGCUUGCUAGCUGUUGCAACAUUACAACAGUACAAAAAAAAUUCAUUUACCACAGAGUAAGGAGAGGUGACUAAUAGGACGAUGGUGAACGAUUUGCAGAUCCUGAGCACCACUGACAUACAUCUAAUCUUUAACAGCCGCUCUGUAGUAUACACAGAGCACGUGUGAUUGCAAAUGCUGAAAGUGAAAGUAAAAAGCAAGCGCGCAUUCAAACCAUUUAAAUUCCCCACAUAUUAACAGAGUAUUUUCAAGAUGGGUCAUCAAAUGAAUAGCACUGAACCAAACAGAACUCGCAAAUUUAGCUCAUGUUUUGAGCUGCACUAAUUGGAAAAACAUUUGAACUACUAUAGACUGCCAAAAGUUAUAACAAAUCAAGGAGAAGAGUGCAAAAAAAACUGUCUGAGGAAUAAAAGGCAUUUGUGGUUGGCCAAACUGAACCAGUAUUUCCAAGGCAAGAAUCUUGACAACAUUCAUGUUUGUUCUUAUCAUUUCCUGUCAGGAAAGGUGAACUGCUAGGUUAAUAACUUAAUACCAUUCAUAUCUUUACCAUCUAUUAACUUUAGUUUGUCAAAAUAUUGCACCCUUUCCUACUUACUAAGUCCUUCUCUAUAUGAUUUAGCAGCUUCCACAUUUUUUCCACGUUUUAGAAAGCGUAAAUUAGCAGAACAACGUAUUCAGUAGUACAUUAACCGCACAAUCAAUGCUGUUGUUUACAUCUGAAUAUCUCCAAUAUGGCCGCGCAUGCAGUUAACUGACCAAAUCGUGACGUAAAUGCAAAUUCAGAUUCGGCGGAUUGCGGGACUGGGGAGGAAUCACGAUGCUGGCUUAACAUCGUGAUGUCUGUCAGCCAUCGGCUAUGGAUGGUAUCAUUUAUCCGCUCAACCCUAGUAUAUAGCAGAAUGCACAACAGGGAAGAAUAAUGCCUGCAUGGCUAAACACAAACCUCUGUUGCUUCUUCAGAGGCUGUGAUGCAUAGCCCACACUUAAGACCUGCUGGUUUGGUUGCAGUCUUUAGCAAAUGCAUUUCCACUGCAACCACCGGAGCGUUGAAAGCCAACAUGGGACACUUGCAGUCUCUCAGCGCAGGUCAUGCAUUAGUCAUACCUGACAUUUACGGUUCACAAUUAGCUUCCCAUAAUGGCUUUUUCCAAGGAAGUGUCUAGUCUCCAGAGCAUAGCUGGAAAUAGCAAAAACGAAAUCGGUUUUUGCAAAUAACACUCUAUGCUACUUUGCAGCCGGUGAAGCUUGACCAAGCAAAUCGUUGCUAUUUUGGAGUGCAGGGAAAAUAAAAUUAACAUGUGGGUUACAAACCACAAUUUAGAGUAUCAACUCAAACUGGCCGUAAUGAAAGCGGUUUUCACUUUCCGUCAAGGUCUCGGUUGAUACUAACAUGCUAUCAAGCCGGUUUUUUUUUUUCCUCAUGUGUUUGCAUCAUUAAUUUCUAAAUGAACAGUGUCAGUGUCUGCCCUCCCUUGAUUGUGUAUCAGCCUGGUCCUUUUUCCCCCAUUUUUACGUUUCCAUAGUGACUAGUCAUUUUCAGGCAUUCAUUUCAUGACCUACACUGUAAGAAUACUGAGAUUAAAUAUGCGUUUUACCUUUGAAAUUUUUAAUUGCAAUCUUGCUUUGUGUUUUGCUAUGGUGUUUUUAAGGUUAGUUUGGUUUCCCUCAUCAACUGAGCAAACUAUGAAAUGUCUGCUUCAUUUAAAACAAAAUGACAGAGAAAGAGCAAAGUGUUUAUAAAGAAUGUCAGUGUUUUCUUGGUAUUGUGAUACUUUGAGUUUCUCAUUCAUGAUCAGAAUGUGCUUGUGAGACAGUGACAAUGUAAAUAAUGCAAACGAAAGAAAAUGCAGCGUAUAAAAUAAAUAAUUUGAGACUAAAAUGACCUUGUAUGUAUUAAUGCAAAGGCUGGAUGUGUUUUUGCCUUUAGGGAAAAUAUGAUACAGUGUGGUCCUCAUGUGUGAAUCUCUCUUGUCAGGAACAAAACGCUAGUCAGACUAAACAGACGGAUGAGUCAUUUUCGAGCAUAGCAGAGGUGUGUAUGGAGGUGUGAGGAUGAAGCUUCGUGCUUUUCCCCCUCUUAUUUUCCAUAUAUCAACACCUACAAAAUCCUUCAAAAGUAAUGACUGUAUACAGAGACCAGAAAGCCAGUCUGACACAAAUGCAAAAGGUUUGUUUUCGGAAUCGCUAGUGGUUUUGUAGGCAAUACAACAAUGUUAAUUUACGGAGGUGGAUGAAUUGGUUAUUAAAUAAAUCACUGGCCUCAAGGGUUGUAUCAUCUACAGACCACAUGCAGGGAUGCAUUUGAGUGUUUGAUUACAAAUGCAAUCAGCCAAACAGGAAGUGUAAUGACAAAUGGGAUUUCUUUAAAGCAUUCAUAAUAAGAUGUUGCUAGAGCAAAACAUUUUUGGAAGAAAUGGUCACUGAUCUACAUCAUUAGCUCUCAUAUCUGGUGCUGCAGCUUUGACAAAACUGUCUUUUGUAUUCCAUUCACACUUGGUAUUAAUAUCUAUCUUCAAUAGAGCCUGGCACAACUCACUUGCACUCUCCGCUGUCCAUUACGUCACAUGCAUUUUCUGAAGAGGAACCGCCGGAAAUUAAUUGCGUUAUUCUUGUUGUAGAAGAGUUUUGCCACAUAUUGCUUCAUCAAGUGACCAACACUGAAAACAAAGUAAAUGUAUGCAUGAUUAGUUUAUGUACGUCUGGCUAAGUAUGGGGAUGUGCAAACGCUGAGGGAAUAUGUGAAAAUAUACUUUUUUAUUUUAUGAUUUAUAUUGUUUUGUAGGUGGUAGGUGUGCUUUCAUUGCCUGAGGUAAAAACCGCAGCAGUUAUAAGAUUCAGCUCUUUUUUUUUCUUCCAGACAUGCCGUUUGGAAAGCAAGAGCACCUGCAGAGGUAGUCUGACUCUGCAGACAUUUUAUUUAUUUAUUUAUGUAGUUUGAAGUUAAAAGUAGUGCUGUUAGCAAGCAGUACUUACAAUAAAUGAUUGCAAUGUCUGCAUUACACAUUUCUAAAGUAAUAAAUUAAUAAAGAAAUACAUCCUCCACUGAACAGCAAUUACAACUCGGGUCAUUUAUUUCCGAAAGGUA